GAGGUUAAAACCCAGAGCUCCCGCAGAGUGACCCACGCUGAGACUCUGUGGGACGGCACGGCACGGCACGGCACGGCACAUCACCACAGUGUGACGGUGGACUGAGAGACCAGAGCUGAAGAGAACAACCUUCUGCUGCCAAACUUCCUGAGGAGGUCCCGGGACACAUCAGCACGGACUACUAUGAUGAUCAAGCCGUAUGUGAGACAAGGCGAGGGAGAGGAGGUGGCCAGCCCUCUGCAGUGGAUGGACGGAGACGUGAGCUCACCUGAUGGAGCUGCGUCGGUCUCAUCGCAUCACUACAGAGCAGGUGGAGUGAACCAAGAGGGCCGGGAAAUGGGGAGCGAGGACGUGGAGGAGGACGAGGAGGACGAGGAGGAGGGACAGGAGGACGAGAACGAGUCCAAACGAAGGGGGCCCAAGAAAAAGCGGAUGACCAAGGCCCGACAGGAGCGAUUCCGUGCCAGGCGCGUGAAGGCCAACGCCAGGGAGCGCUCGCGCAUGCACGGUCUGAACGACGCGCUGGAGAACCUGCGCACCAUCAUGCCCUGUCACUCCAAGACACAGAAACUGUCCAAGAUCGAGACAUUACGGCUGGCCCGCAACUACAUCUGCGCUCUGUCCGAGGCCCUGGAGGGGGGCGUUUCCACGGAGAGCAGGGGGUUCAUGGAGACGCUGUGUAAGGGCCUCUCACAGCCGACCUCCAACCUGGUGGCCGGCUGCUUGCAGCUGGGACCGACCCCUGGCGCUGGGAUGAGGCCCGAGGACCGACACAGAGUCCGGGCCGCACCCACUCCUCUCGGCGGCAUGGUGAGCUACUCCUCUCCGGGCCUGCCGAGUCCACCGUAUGGCACUUUUGACUCCGCUCACCUGCUUCACCUGAGGGCGAUGAAAGGGGGAGUGUACGAGAAUCACUCGCCAAAUGAGUACAAUGCCGGCGGUGUGGGGACGCCUCCCUACGAUGGCCCCCCUACACCACCACUGAGCAUCAGCAGCAACCUGGUGCCCAAACAGGAGCCUACAGGCCACUACCCACCCCCACACCACUACUCCCCCUCCCCCGUGGAGCAGGGCCUGUAUCAGACUCAGACCGGCUAUGACGUUCACUUAGAGGGGCCGUAUGACUCCUACCAUCCGCCGCACAUGCCCCCCCGACAGAUAGCCUCCGUCUACAGAGACUGAGACCAAUCAGGAGGCUCGAUUCUGUUUCAACCGUCGAUACAACCUGACUGAUCAUCUUCAUGAACAAGUCUUCCUCAGUAGACUGUCUGCUAGUAGAGAAACUGUAGACUAAACAUGGUUUGUUUACACGUGUGGUGCACUUAGACUUACACUGCAGAACAUUGUUAAAAUUAGAAACUACUAACAAUACAUGUUCUUUAAAAAAAAAUAAAAAAAAUAAAAAGGAUUACCAAAUGAUUUAGCAACAGGAACUGUUGCUUUGGCCAUGCUGACCAGAUGUCCUGUUACUGUGACGCAAGCACUUCUAAUUUAGCUUUGAUGACGUCAGAUGUUCUACAUAAAUUUAAAAUAUUUCUAUUUAUUCUCUAAUUUAAUACAGUGUAUAUGAACUUUGUUCUGGUGUGUGUCUGGUUUUUCCCUCUGUAUAUAUUUGUGGUCAAGGCAUCUCGUUGUUUGCUACCUAGUUUAUCUCUUUUAUUUCUUUUGUGUUCACUUUUCAAAUUACAGUAUUUCAUGUUUUUGCACUCGAAAACCUAUUCUGAGGUAGAUAUACAGGGUAGUAGCCGAUGUAGCUGAUCUUUGGAAGUUUUUGUCUACAGAAGGAGGAUGUUUUGAUUUUUAGAAAACAGGAAGAAAAUAAGAAGGGAUGUGAGUGGGGGAUCAUGGUGAAGAAGCAAAAAUGUAAUUCUCAGGUUAACACUGUCAGCAUUGUAAUUUCCCUUUUCUUUUGAAUUGUUUUGUCUCUUUUGGAAAUUUUGAUGUUAUUAAAAUAUUAAAAACUCAAUUUACCCUUGGA